AUUUAUUAGGUAAAUACAUAAUUUCGGGACGUUAGCAGGGCAAAACUAAGUGAACUUCUACUACACUCGAUCAUAAAAUAUUUGAGGAGGAAGAAGAUUAUUAUGAAUAGGAGUUGAGAAAAGGUGACUUAUAAUGAACGUUGAGGAGAUCUCAGACGAGGUCGCAGAUCGCCUCAAUAUCUCUCAAGGGGAAGAUGGUAAAUCCCUGUCGCAAGAACCAGCACAGUCUUCAUCACAGAAUGCUCCAAGCCCAGCAUCAGCAGCCAUGCUACCGGAGCUCUCGCCCGGCCGGGCCAUGACCGAAAAGAAAACGGUGGACGAAGUAGUUGCGGAACUAAAGAAGACACCAUUCUUCAUGACGGAGCUCGAGGAAAACGACGACACCGAAGCCCUCAAGGCACUCGCUUACGAGGGGACGCCCCUCGAAGUCGGCUCCGAAUUCAAGGAUCGCGGCAACGAGUGCUUCCGCGCGAAGCGCUGGGCCGACGCCAAGGAGUUCUACACCAAGGGCAUCCUAGUCCUCGCGGCCGAGGAGCGCAAGCGCGUGAAAGGGGAACGCCCGGACCCCACAAUCACAGAAGACGAGGUCGAGGCGCAGAGGAGCGCGCUCGUGGCGCUGUACGUGAACCGCGCGGCGUGCCACCUCGAGCUGCGCAACUACCGCAGCUGCUGGCUGGACUGCGCGGCGGCGCUGCGGCUCGACGACACGAACGUCAAGGCGUACUACCGCUCGGCGCGCGCGUUCCUGGCCGUGGGCCGGAUCGCGGAGGCGGACGACGCGUGCGCGCGCGGCCUCGCGCUCGACGAGGCGAACAAGCCGCUGCGCGGCGUGGCGCAGGACAUCGUCAAGCGACACGAGGAAGUCACCGCGAAGCAGCGGGCGGAGAGCGAGAGGGUCGCGCGCGAGAAGAGGCGGCAGACGCUCGUGAAGGUGUCGCUGAAGGCGCGGAACAUAAGAACGCGGACGACGGCGCAGCCGCCCGAGAUGGAGGACGCGGGCAUGAAGCUGGUGCCGGACCCGGACGACCCGCGCAGCUCGCUCAGCUUCCCGGCCGUGCUGCUGUACCCGGCGCACCUGCAGUCCGACUUCGUCAAGGCGUUCGCCGAGAUGGAGACCCUGGCCGACCACCUCGCGUACGUGUUCCCGCUGCCGUGGGACGCGGCGCGGGAGUACACGCUCGGUGGGGUGGAGUGCUACAUGGAGACGCUGACCGGCGGGCUGGUCAAGGUCGGCAAGAAAGUGCCCCUGCUGAAGGUGCUGUCCGGGAACGUCGAGGUCGUCGACGAGGUCGUUAGGAUUUUCGUGCUGCCGAAGGCGAAGGCGGCGGCUUGGGUGGAGGAGUUCAAGAUGAAGAAGGCGGCGGAGAAGGGGGCUGGUUAGGGGAUAGGUACUAAUGUAGACAAAAAGAAAAUGCAAUAAGAGACGACUGUUCUACACUUAA